CCUUCCUCUUUCUGUCUCUCUCUCGCUCCUCGAAGUUGAAGUAUCCAAAUCUCUCUCUCUCUCUCUUUCUCUCUCUCAAAUGCAAGAACAAGCAACGAGUUCCAUUGCGGCGAGCUCUCUGCCUUCGAGCAGUGAAAGAUCUUCCAGCUCUGCCUUUCAGCUUGAGGUUAAAGAAGGCAUGGAGAGCGACGACGAGAUCAGGAGGGUGCCAGAGAUCGGCGGCGAAACGACCGGCGCUUCGCCGAACGGCCGGGGAGCCGGAUCGGCGGUUGGGCCGAACCGGGUCCAGGCCUCGGCCGAAGGGCCAAGGAAGAGAGGCAGGAGCCCAGCCGACAAAGAGAACAAGCGGCUGAAAAGAUUGCUGAGGAAUAGGGUUUCAGCACAGCAAGCAAGGGAGAGGAAGAAAGCAUACCUAACAGAGCUGGAGGCAAGGGUUAAAGACUUGGAGAAGAAGAACUCUGAGCUGGAGGAGAGGGUUUCCACCUUGCAGAAUGAAAACCAGAUGCUUAGACAAAUAUUGAAGAACACGACAGCCGGCAUGCAGGAGGGGAGGAAGUAGGGUCUGCUGCAACAUGCUUGUAUAAUAGAUAGAGACAAGAGUGAUCGCAGACGAUGACUUCGUGCUUCCAUUGAUCGCAUGCGAGGGCAGUCUUAGAGCCUUCGCGUAUCACGCCCAAUGUGGUUGGUUUCAAUUCGCCCCAAGGUUUGGUUCAUUUGUUUUCUCUAUACGGGUGAAUUAUGUUUAAAUGGUCUUAUACCAUAAGGUCUACAAGUUUAAAUGACACGAAAGGGGCAAGUUUUUGAGCCAAGAGACUCAGUGCUGGGGAGGGGUAGUCGAAAUUGGUGCCAGUAAAUGCCAAAAAUGACAAAAAUCUGGGCCCUAGAGCCUGACCCAUUGGUCGACAAAAUCUGGCCAAAAUGACAAAAAUAUCCUUCAUUUAUUUGAAAAAUUACUUCUCCUUCCCUUUCACGACCGUCUCCUCUUUCUUUUCUCUCUCUCCCCUUUUCAUAGUCGCCUCUACCAACUCCCUUUUGCCUCCCCUCGUGUCGACUGCAGUCAAUUUUGCAUAUGAGUGAGGGAUAUUUUUGUCAUUUUGGUCAAAUUUUGUCAACCAAUCUUUUAAGUCUCUCUCCGGCAAAUAGCAUUCUCCCGUAACUAAAUAGGUAAGAAAAUUAACUUUCUUUCCCGAGGACCUUUUUGGGGUAAGAUUGUAAGGUCGGGCCUAUGCACGUUUUUAAGUCAAAAUAAACAAUAUCGCGCAGAAGCAUUGGGAACUAUGUUUUAUUUGGUUAGGUGGCUGUUUUCAAAUGGUGAAUGGGACAGAUGGCCUACUUUGGUAAAAGUCCAUGGCCAGGAGCUAGCUGUCAUGCCAAUUAGUUGAUUAGUUGGUGAAGAAGGAGGAGACUAUCAUUUAUCACAUAUAUAAUUUGCCAUAUUUUCGAACUUCAACUUCACACUCUUUAUCAACUGAAUUCUGCCCUAUUAGGAAGUGAAAGUAAAUGGCAUGCAAGGCUGCGAAAAUGGAAGAUUUUGUGGUACGAAUGGCAUAUUAUUAUAUACGAGAAAAAUGUAUUAUAUAAUGUUUUAAUUUAUGUAAAAUGUAAGGAAUAAUUUAUAAUAUUUUUUGUAAAUGUAAAAUAAAGGGAAGUAAUGAUAGAAUGCAGAAGAUAAAGACUAUAACUCGAAUAAAAAAGAAAUUAAAUAUAUUAUAAGUUAUUACCUAAGCUCCCAAAGGCGAGAAAGGGGGUAGUAAGUAACAAAAUGUUAUGAGAAGUUAAAAAAUAUAUAGGGUUAAAGAUUUUUAAAUAAGUCAUCUUUUAAACUUAUAUUGAAUUUAUGGGUAGAUAAGAGAUAAUUUGUCGAAUUUAAAUAUUUUAAUAAUCAAGAAAAAAGAAAGCAAAAGCGAUUG